CUGAAUCAUCUGGACAAAAUAUGAAAUUCAGUGGCAUAAUUGUUUCUUUCUCCAUUCUCUUCACCCUUACUGCUCUUCGGAAUGCAGGUGAGUGAUUUUCAAAGAUUCUGCUGCUUUUAUCUAGAAACUUUUUUAACUUCUGAACUUCAGAAUACACACCUCAGUAAGAAAUUGCUGAUCCCAUUUGCACAAGCUAAAGCAAAGGUACACAAGUCAGCUUUUACCAGCAUGGUGUCAUUUUCAUUUCCUUCCUCUGUAAUUUCCAGCAGGUCGGUGGAUCUUCUCUGUAAGUAAACAGACAGUCUGGAGAAUGCAGUAAAUAUAUUUAAAGACAGAAAAACUUUCUAGCUCCCUUUAUUGAACAAGCACUUCUACCUCCCUUCUUCCCGUUUCCCCAUGCUUGUUCUUCACCACUCACCUUGAACCCUACCUUUCUUUUUAUUUGUGUCCUCCCAAAUAAGCAACCCUCCCCUAAUAACUUUUUGAUAAUUGGUUCCAAAUUUUACAACAAGAAAGACAUUUCAGUAGCUUUUAAUAAUCUUGUAUUGGAGCACAUCUUGUUGCUGAUAUUAACUUUCCAAGAGCUUUAACCUUCUGUUCUUAUUGAUUCCCUUCUAGGGUUGAUGGUGAGGGAACCCCAUUCUGAUAUGUUUAAGACUUAACUCUCAGAAAUAAAUAUAAUUAGUGACACUUGCUGAAGGGCUGCUCUGGAGAUUUAUCUGACUCUUGCAUGUAAAAUUACCCAUGGAAGUGAUGAAAUUAUGUAGUGGCUUGGAGGAGCUCAAGACUCUUGCUCACACCAAUGUGGGGAGCUGCUUAGUACCUGUUCUUGCCAGGUGACAUGCCAGUCCUUGGGGAAUUGCUGCCCUGAUUAUAAAGAAUUUUGUCUUCAGAUUUCUCCGUACUCAGGAUCUCUGAUGGGAGGCAAAGACUUUUUGAUUGAAAAUACAGCUUUUAAUACCUCUUCUGUGCUAACAUGCAGGUUCAAGCAGGAAAUCAAAACCAGUGGCUAUACUGCUAAGGAUGGAAAAGGCCACUGCAUCUCCCCGUUGCUUUAUGAGACUGGUUUCAUCCCUUUUGAAGUUUCUAUAGAUGAUGGGAGGACGUUCCCCUACUCUGGAACUUGGCUAUCAGUACAUCACAGCAAGGUUUCAGAUGAAGAAAAAUGUACUUUGGUGAAUGAGACAAAAUGGCAAUACUACGGUACCCCCAACACUUAUGGAAACUUAACUCUUACCUGGACACAUCAGGCACUUGCAGAAACCCACGUCAACGUAGAAGUCUGGGGAUACCAUGAAACAGGUGACAGUUACUCAGAAAACUGGUUGGCUGAAUGGAAAUAUCUUUAUACUUUGGCCAGAGAAAUCCCCAAUACAGGGAAAUUUACUUUCACUCCUAUACCUGCUGAAGGAAAUUACAGUACGUGGGACUUCGGAAUUUUGAGGAUUACACCCAGCAGCUAUUCUGAUGGGCAGAGCAACAUUCCAUCACUCUGGAGCAAUGAGCAUGCAUUGGCUUGGCACCUUGGGAAAGACUUCAGGGAUGACCCAAAUGCAUGGGCAACUGCAAAAUGUAUGGAAUGGGACAGAAAGGAAGAGAAGCUUCCAAACUUCAAGGAAGAAAUUAUAGACUGCCCUUGCACUUUGGCACAGGCAAGAGCUGACACUGGCAGGUUCCAUACAGAUUAUGGCUGCAACAUUGAGAAGGGGAGUGUGUGUACUUAUCACCCUGGUGCUGUGCACUGUGUGAGAGCCAUUCAAGCCAGUCCCCAGUACGCAGCAGGACAGCAGUGUUGCUAUGACUCCACGGGAACACAGAUCCUCACACAUGACUCCACGGGAGGCAGCACACCCGAUCGAGGCCAUGACUGGGGUUCACCACCUUUCCUGAAGCCUCCCCGGAUACCUGGCUUUUCCCAUUGGCUUUAUGAUGUUAUCAGCUUCUAUUACUGCUGCCUGUGGUCUGGUAAUUGUCAGUUCUAUAUGAAAAGGCGUCCCUCUAGUGACUGCAGGACGUAUCGCCCACCUCGAGCUGCAUCUGCUUUUGGGGAUCCUCAUUUCUUCACAUUUGAUGGUCUGAACUUCACCUUCAAUGGCCUAGGAGAAUACCUUUUGGUAGAGUCUGAUCUCACAUCCCUAAGAGUGCAAGGGAGGACACAGCAGGGUCACCUCCCCAAUGGAACUGGAGCUCAGGGGACAGGCUUGUCUGCAGUGGCCAUGCAGGAGAACAACUCUGAUGUGAUUGAAGUACGGUACUCAGAGGAUUUGAAUCUGGAGGUCCUGUUAAACCAAAAGGUUCUCAACUUCUCUGAACAGACCUGGAUGGACCUGAAAGGUCUCUUUCUCCAUUCUACACCUGAUCAGAACAUCACAGUGAUGUUCUCUUCUGGGUGUGGAGUGGAAAUACGGGGAAAUGGAGGAUUUCUGACCCUGACAGUUCUGCUCCCAGAGAAGUUCAUGAAUCACACACAGGGUCUCUUUGGGGUAAUGAAUGGCAAUACAGAGGAUGAAUACACCUUCAGGAAUAAAACCACCCUACCAGUUCAUGCAAGUCCCCAGCAGUUGUUUGAGUUUGGAGCUAACUGGGCUAUUGAGAAUGGAACUUCUCUCUUUACUUAUGACACAGAGUUCCUACUGAACAAUUUCUUUUAUGGGGAGAAGCACAGUGCUUCCUUCCUGCCCGUGUUCUUCCCUUAUGAAGACCCUGCUGAUUCCCUGGUAGAAGAGAUGGUCUCACUCUGUGGCUCUGACCCGUUCUGCAGAUUCGAUGUCCUGACAACAAGAAGCCUUCAAGUGGGAAAUUCCACAAGACUAUCUCAUCAGAAUCACAAGCUGCUGGUAGAACAUCUGGAGCCAGUGAUCUCUUGUGGCUGGCUGGACCAUCCAAUCAAUGGAACAAAGAAUGGAACUAACUACCUGCUGGGCUCAACCAUCAUUUUCCUCUGCAGUCAGGGCUAUGAACUCACCGGGUCAAAGGAAAGAACUUGCCAAGCGUCAGGGGCCUGGUCUGGAGACACACCCAGUUGCAUCCAGAAAAUAGCUAUUGAACAACUAAUUCUUCUUGGCUGUGUAUUUGGAAUAGUCGGUGUUGCAGUCCUGGCACGUCUGACUUUUUUAUGUAGAAAGGAGAGACACAAAGGAAACCAGAAACUUGUUUCAGAAGUUCCAGUAGAAUAAGAGACAAUGAAAUUCCAGCGGAGUUUUUAAUGAAAUACAGAAAAAGCGUAGCAGAGGCUUAAAUCAUCCACAGCAACAAAUAUCGACUUUCCAAACACAAACAAUGGUAUCAUUUUGUAUUAUAUAAUUUGAUUUCUGCUAUCAAUAUAAUGAGUAUUGAAUUGUAUGGGAAAUGCUAAUCAAAUUCCUGACAUUACAUUAUGGCAGGCUGAGCAAAAGACAAUGUUUCUGAAAGCUUUGUUAGCAAUACACUGUUAUAAAUUUGUAAGCCUUCUCUGUUCCAGUGUCCUUAAGGAACAGAAUGCCAAAUAAAAUGGAAUCGAAAUUGAGUGAAUGGGAGCACAAUGGGAUCCCAGUCCUUGGAGAGAAGACUGUAUGUGUGAGGAGGAACUAAAUAUUUCUGCAUUUAUCAUUAAAAAGGAAAAAAAAAACAUAGCACCAAGCUAACAGAACACUGCUAUGGUUUUUCAAUAUUUCAUCAGCUUAAAAAAAUUACAUUCAAUAGGAAUUCAGCUCAAAAUUAUUAAAUAUUAAAAUUUUAAGUAAUAUUUAUAUUUAAAUUUUUGUGUAAAGCCAUGCUAUCAUAUGGAAUCUUUUUUCUUCUCAAUGUUUUUCUUCUCAAAAAAAAAAAAAAGGAAUGUUUUUCUUCUCAAAAUCAACCCUACAGCUUUAUGUGAUGGGAGGUUUCUGCAUGCUAAAAGUGAAAUAUAUGCAUACUGUGUAUUGAUACAACA